AGCAGUGGGGGCUGGCACUAGGUCUGGGAUUCGAUCUGUGGUCCCACCGGGUGCUGGACCAGCGGCGGUCCCGUGCACCCCGGCCUGCGCGCGCCCGGUGCUCUGGGUCACCCCAAUCCGAGGCGCCGGCGCUGCAGUAGGCGGGAGGAAGGAUCAGAGGGCGCGGGCGCCCUGUGCUCUGAGCAGGCAGGAGGCGGCCGGGGGCCGGGACGCCAUGUCCAUGGAGGACCCCUUCUUUGUGGUGAAAGGAGAGGUACAGAAAGCUGUCAACACUGCCCAGGGCUUGUUUCAGAGAUGGACAGAGCUCCUUCAGGACCCCGCCACGGCCACGAGGGAGGAAAUCGACUGGACCACCAACGAGCUGAGAAACAACCUCCGGAGCAUAGAGUGGGACCUGGAGGACCUUGACGAAACCAUCAGCAUAGUUGAAGCAAAUCCUAGAAAAUUCAAUCUCGAUGCAACCGAACUGAGUAUAAGAAAAUCCUUCAUCACAAGCACUCGGCAAGUUGUCCGGGACAUGAAGGAUCAGAUGUCAGCUUCAUCUGUGCAGGCAGUAGCUGAAAGAAAAAACAGACAGGCGCUGCUGGGAGACAGCGGCGGCCAGAAGUGGAGCACCGGAGCCCCCGACAAAUACGGGCGUCUGGACCGCGAGCUCCAGCUAGCCAACUCCCAUUUCAUCGAGGAGCAGCAGGCGCAGCAACAGCUGAUCGUGGAGCAGCAGGAUGAGCAGUUGGAGCUGGUCUCUGGCAGCAUCGGGGUGCUGAAGAACAUGUCCCAGCGCAUCGGAGGGGAGCUGGAGGAACAGGCCGUCAUGCUGGACGACUUCUCCCACGAGCUGGAGAGCACUCACUCUCGGCUGGACAACGUGAUGAAGAAACUUGCAAAAGUGUCUCACAUGACCAGUGAUCGGCGCCAGUGGUGCGCCAUCGCCGUCCUCUUCGCGGUCCUGCUGGUCGUGCUGCUCCUCUUCUUAGUGCUGUGACGCAGGGACCGGGGCACAGGCCGCCCACGCGGUGCCGGCUCGCCUGCCUCCUGAGAACACGGCCGCCGGACUUCUGGGACCGCGCCGGGAGGCAGCGCCUCCGCCCCGCGCUGGCGGGGCGCGUGGGAAGGGGACGUGCCCGCUGCACGCUCCUGGCUCCGCCUGUCCUGACGACAGCUCGCCCCUGCUCUGCCGCCCUGGACCUGUCCGCGCAGGGCCUCCCGGGGUCCCGGGAAUCCGCAGACUCGCCUCGUGUCCGCUGUCGCCAUGGCACCCCUCGGGGUCGUUCCUCCUGCUCCGACCCUCUCCCUGCUCCGACGGCGGUGCCGCCCGACCCGAAGGACCCUGGGCUGCUCCACUGCCCUCGUGGGAGCGUCCUGCAGCCCGAGAGCUGGCCCUAUGGGGACGGAGGCCCAGGAGCAGUUUGUGACAGAAACGCAUGGUUCUUUUUGCUGGGAGAAAAUUGCUCUCCCAGGCACCCCUUUCUGUGGUAAGAACGAGUGGGAACCGAUGAGAAGCCCUGGGCUUCGGGAGUGCUGGCGACCUGUCUGGAGUUGAAGGGAGGAAGGGCUUGGGGGUCACUGCCUGGCUGAACUCAGGUGGCUGGCCCGCAGCCUCCUCCCCAGCGGUGCAUCUUGCAUUUUCGGCUGCUGUGCGGCACCGUGAAUGGAUUUAGACCCUGCGGCUCCCUCUCCCUGGGCAGGACCGGGUUGGGAAGGGUUAGCACAUCGAUUACAUUUAGUCAGAAACUGGAAUGGCAAGAGCCUAGCUCUGCACCAGGCUGCUCUUGCCCUGUGAAUAAUGGCAAAAAGGGGUAGAUGAACUGGUUUGCUUUUCUCCCCCCAAGGUGACAACUUGAUUUUUAUCACCCACUCCAGUCACUGAGCCAAUCCAAAUUUAAGUAACACUCGCUCCCCUUGAGUUUGAGUUGCCGAGACACUAAACUUCAAGCUUCCGGCGACUCUGUAAAUGCUUCCGACAUGCACGUGUGUAUAGAUAGGGUGUUGUUACAGCCACCCCAGUGCCGACGCAGCAGCCGGACGGUCCGGGUCAGCCUGGCGGCCAGGCCGCGUCUCCCAUCCUCCUUUGCACGUGGAAAGCGCAGUGACCCCGGGGUGGAGUUUUAGGUUUGACUUCAUCGCCUCCUCUUUUGGGGCCCAUCCCUAACUUUUUCACUUUUUGUUCUUGUUCUGUCUGUAUUUCUUGGUUUUUAUUUUGUUUGGGGCUUUUAUUCCUUUUCCCUUUUUCUUUCUUUGGUGAUUUGCAAUGCUGUACUUGCCCAGCUAACUUUUGAAUAGCACUUUUUAAUAAAUGUUUGUAACAAUUUUUUAAAGAAGGGUAUUUUCUCAUGUGUAGGGUGGUGGUCGGUAAGGCAUCUGCAUGCUGAGCUCAUGUUCACACUCAGCCCCAUAUGAUAUAUAAACAAGUUCAUUUCUUUUCAAAAAAAGGUAAUUAUCACAAAGGGCUUCAGAGGUAGCGUACUAGAUUAUUUGUUGUACAAAGUUUGGAGACAUUCAAAUAGUCUUCUGUAAACUUGGAACAGGGAUGGUCCUUAGAUUUGCAUUCAAACGUACGAGUCUGUGCAAACUGCUAGGACGUGGGCCUUGUCUUAGUGCUCUCGGCCACACGAACACCCGAGUCUGGAUUCCCGGCUGCCCUGCGAGAGCCGUGCUGUCUGCUCUUACCAGAUCGCUGCGCCCAGGAACCGCGCGUGGCAGGAGGGCCUGUGGGAACACCCCUGACCUUUAACGAGUAGCUGCCCUGACUGCAGGGACCAAGCUGUGACCCCGAGGUGAAGUGCUCCACGUUUGGGUGUGUUCAGAAUCGGCUUGCUGACCUCACCCAUUGCGGGUGUCCGCUGAACAGUGGCUACUGGAGAGCAGACUCGGGCUGGAGCCGAACAGAGGGAAUGUUUACUGAGAAUAGGGGCACCGCGUACACUCCCGCUGCAGGGCCUCCGCUCUCCACAGCGUGAAGGCGCUGCUCUUCGACAGCCGGCCUCUUACUGGCUCCGAGCUGGCUCUGCCCAGCCAUCACCUCUGGCCCCAAUGGCUUGAUCUCGGGCCUGAGCCUGUGGUGCUGGGCAGGACAGUCACUACAGACAAGUGGUCAUCUGGAGGCCCUACGCCAGACUCCAAGCUGGCGAUCCGAGAGGACAAGCCAGGGCCGAGGUGAGGUGAGGCUCCUGCAGUCCUCACGCUUCGUCCCGCGCCCCUCUAGAGAGCUGGUAGAAGAGCCUGGAUAACAGAAAGAGCUGUUUGUUUAUGGGAAAAGCAUUUUACAAAUCAGCUGACUUGGGGGUAGAGUAGGGGUGAACCACUGGGGGAGUUUGCCAGAGUGGGAGCCCACCUGCAAAACCGGAUCCAUUAGUUUCCAGUCGAAUGUUCGAUCUGUCUGUGUGGACUAUGGACAGUCCCAGGGCCCCUGUGCCGCUCCGUGUGGCGGUGGUGUGUUACAUGAGCAUCUUCACGCCAGAGGGGGAGGAGCUUGGUAACCUGCCCAUUAUUCUCUGCUUUUAGCCAGAGUUAAACAGACUGAUGGGUCUGGGAGCCAACGACUUGGCAGCAUCCCUCCUUCUCACCUCGUAGAUGAAGGGCUGUGAAGAGAAACCCAAUCUAACUCCAACAGAAGUCUGUCUCUGUUAAGUGCGGUACCUUCUGCAUGGGAAGGUGGCAGAGCCAGGAUUUCUCCUGGUAAUUUUCCUGGCUGUCAAGUGAGACCGUUACCUUUCCAGAGAAUUCAUAGCAUUGGAAGAUCUAAAUACUAAAUGAUAGAUAUGAGUUGCUCUUCAGCUCUGUGGACUUUGAACUGUUCAGCUCUACCUUGUAAACUGCGGGACGAGUUGGUAAGCACCAAAUCCAGGCCGUCCGGAAGGCUGAGGUUCUAGCUGGAAUGCACCACCUGCAAUUCUCCCUCUGCUUCCUCCCCUGGCGUUUUG